AUGGCACAGUUCCGGAAAGCCUUCGUGGCCGCCGUCGUCAAGAGCUUGCUUAGGGGCAAGUCCUUGAUACAGGCCAUCUUGGCUUACUGGUUAUCGGGAAACAAGAAGGACAGCGUCCCAAAGAAGACGCUUCAACAGUUCCUCAAGGAUGCCGAGGCUGCGCUGGUCGGCCCCAUUAGCGGCAAUGGCCUGCAAGAGAUCUCGGCCAAGUUGAAGGAGCAGAUCUUGGAGGGGCUCAACGUGGAUAUGCAGUGUAUGCUCCCGUCAUACAGCCACCAGCUGCCAGCGGGCUCCGAGGUGGGACAAUACUUGGCUCUAGACGUGGGAGGAUCGACGCUGCGGGUGGCCUUGGUCGAGCUGCGAGGACGGGGGGUCGGUUCGGAAAACGCCACCGAGAUCGUGAGCAUACAAAACUACCGCAUCACCAAGGACGUCAAGGAUCUCGAGGGAAUGGCCUUUUUCGAGUGGAUGGCAGCACGCAUCACCGAGACGAUUCAGAGCACCCUCAACAGACCACACAGCGCCGAAAACCCCCUGCCGAUAGCUCUGGCAUGGAGCUUUCCCAUCGAGCAAACUUCCCUUGGUGGUGGCAGACUUGCGGCAAUGGGCAAGGGCUUCUUGGCCGACAUUGGCCUGGUCGGGCAAGAUCUGGGAGACAUUGUUAGGACGGCAUGCAAGAACAGAGAUUUGCACGUUGAGCUCAAGGCCAUCUUGAACGACUCAAGCGCCUGCCUGCUUUCACGGGCGUACUCUCACUCAUCGACGCGAUUUGGCCUCAUCCUGGGCACCGGAGUCAACAUCGCCGCCUACCUGCCCGUCUCAGCCAUUGGCCGGACGAAAUUCGGCGAGCGGCCGGCGGGCUGGUUCGAUGAAGCUUCCCACGUCAUCGUCAACACAGAGCUCGGCAUGUUUGGAGGCAAGAUCCUGCCUCUGACCCGGUGGGACCUCCAGCUGCUCAAGGAGCACCCAAGACCUGACUUUCAGCCCCUAGAGUACAUGACUAGCGGCAUGUACCUUGGCGAGAUUGUCCGUGACACCAGCGCCGACCUCUCAGAGGCCAUCAGCUGCUUCUCGGAAAAGUACCCUUCAUCCCAUACCCCCAGCGUUGUGGACAUGGGUGCCAUCAAGGCGAUUGCGUCGUUCGUCUCGGUGCGCUCAAGCGCACUGAUUGCCUCUGCCGUCUACGCCCUGUGGGAUAUCCGCCUGGAGGGCGACGAGAAGUUCCUCUCGACUCUUCCCGAGUCGUCUCCCCUGCGGCACAAGGUCGAGGAGGACAUCAAGAUGGAGAAGACGACCGUCGCGUUCAACGGCAGCGUCAUUGAGCACUAUCCGGGCUACCUGGAGAACUGCCAACGGUACAUCAACGAGCUGUUGGACACUCACCCGUCCACCCAGCCAAAGGCCAUUGAGCUAGUCUCAGCAAAGGAGAGCUCGUUGACGGGAGCUGCCGUAGCAUUGGCAUGCGUGGACUCAUGAGCGGGACCAAGGCCGAUGACAAAAACGAACUCCUCACAUUCAUUUUGUGCUCGUUUCGGUGAAAAACAUGCGUUUGCACGCAAGGCAUGAUACCUGGGAUGAUGGGUUAUGUUUACUGGGAUAUACGGGGGGUUAUGCGAAGGAGAUGCAUAGAGGCGCCGGGUUUUCAGCAUUGCUUCUUUCCAUCUGGC